GCCAGCCUCCAUGUCUGCAUUCCUGCUGCUACAGACUGUAUCUUCGGCAGAAAGAACUAUAACCAUGGUCGAAUGAGCUACUGCAAAACAAGAGACUUCACAUUUCAGAAACACUUUGAGCAGGUGCCAUACAGCAGGCCUGUAAAGCUAUUUCUCAUAUGCCAGAAAUGAGCAUUCCACUCCAAAUCUAGAUUCUCCUUCAGAUUCCUCUUUAUUAGCUGGACCAUGGAUGGCACACAUCAGAGGAAGGAAAAGCAGCAGGACUCAUCAUCUAGUGUUAAAACAAGGUUUAAAAAGAAGAUAAAGGCGAGUCCUGGAAAGAAUACAUGUCUUGUCAAAAGUUCCCCUCAAAAAAAGAAGAGUGGCAAAGGUGUUCUUAAGCCAGACGAAACUCCCCUUGAGGAUUGCAGCCCUAUAUUUAGGAGUCAAAAAAGAGAGAUACGGAAUCCAGAACUCAGAAAAUACUACCAGAUGGAUUGUACUGAAAUGGAAGAGAAAAAAGUGAAGAAACUCAGUCUGGAACAACCUCCAGGCACAAUGGAAUACAUUGUAGAACUGGAGGAUACCCUUUUUAGCAUUGCUUCCAAGUUUAAUAGCACUCCAAAUCAGCUAGUACAUCUGAACAGGCUGAACUCUCAAACACUGAUUCCAGGUCAGCAUUUGUUCAUUCCUCAUCCGGAUGGGCUACCAAGUGAAACAUGCUCAGCACCCUCCAGCCCUCUAAGCAGCCCCUUGUCUCCUUCUGAAGAGGCUGAAUAUGAUAAAUUACUGGAUGUAGAAACUGUUACCAUGCCUGAUGGGCAAUUGUGUUUCUUGACGCUUCCCAGUGAAUGCUGCUCAUCACUACUUGAGGAUCCAUCUGCUGUCCGGUACCUCAAAUUCUGCUGCAAAUACAUCACCGACAGAAAGGGAGUCGUAUCAGGGGUAAUGCUGGUCACCCCCAACAGCGUCACAUUCGAUCCUUAUAAGUCUCACCCACUUGUGAUUGAGCACGGUUGUGAGGAAUACUAUUUCAGCAGCUGUAUCGAUUCCAUCAGCUCUGCAAUCUUUCACCGAGACCCAUCACGGGUGAAGUUCAGCACCUUCUCACCUUUGCCAAACAAGAAAAGCUUGCCGAAAGAUGGAGCAACUGCAGGAGGAGGAGGUGUUUCUAAAGCUGUUAAUGACACUUGUGAAAGAAAUGGUCAAAAGGUUUCUGUGCAAGCAGAUGUUCACAGGACCUCUGAACCGGAUGCUUCAAAUGUAGAAAAGGAGGAAGAUGUUUCCUUACACACAGAUUCUACGAAGCCAGAAGUGGAAGCAGCAACUGUUGAUGAAACACCACCUCUUUGUGAGCGCCAACUGUGUUCAGAACUUCAGCAGAAAUUGAAUGUUACCACCAUAGCAGAUUUUGGACAAAACAUCAGUGACAGUCAGGGUCAUGUCAGGACUGACAAAAAUGCACCAAUCACCUCUCAAAACAAAACUUACAGUUUCUCAAGCUCUAGAGGACAGUUGAAUGAUAGCAGGGCUGAGUCUGUUCCAUGUGCGUCUGUCAAAAAAACAGAAAUGGCAGAUGAUUCAAAUAUCAGAAGUAAUGCUGUUUUGCCCCACCCCAAAGCGGACUCUGCUACAAUUCCAACUUUGAUUAUAGAUAGUCAUGAAGCAGUUGAUAGCAAUAAAAACAGAAUUGAUAGUAAUAAAGGUGUAUUUGAUGACAAUCAUGAUGCGAGAGAAAUGCCACAUGGUAGCUAUAUAAAUAGCAGAACAGAGCAACAACAGAAAACAGAGCUGAGAAGACAUGAAGAUCCUGAGGUGAAACACACAUCAAAAGAAGGUUCACAGAAGAACACUUCAAAUAAGCAUGCAUUGCUGUUUCUCUGCCUGAAAGUGAAGGUGCCACAGAAGAAGAGGCCAAUUUUUCCACCAACAUCAAAGGAUGCAACUAAACACAAGAUAGUCAACUACUGGUUCAUACUUGCACAGAAUAAAUCAGAUGAAAUGUAUGCGUAUCUGAGUCAUUGGAGGCCAGAUGUUAACAUCUUUCAAGGAGAAGAUGAUCUCCAUGAGGAGGACUUUGUCCUGCUGGAUGGAAAAGAGGACCUUUACAGCUUUGAGAAAUUAACAGAAGACUGGGAGAUAAUAGAAGAAGCCGCUAAGAGCAAAGUGUUCCUUGACAGCAAGCAUGACAAAGAACUUGAAAACAUUUUUCCUGUGCUUUUGGGCAAAACCAAUCUCCUCAAAGAUGGUCAUAUUGCAGAGAUUUCUGACCACUUGCCACCUCGGACAGUAGGCUACCCUUGGUACUUGGCAUACAGCACACUGGUGCAUGGAUUCAGCCUGAAGACCUUGUAUCGAAAUUUGCAACAAACAUCUUCACCAGUGUUGUUAGUCAUAAGAGAUACUCAGAAUCAGAUAUUUGGAGCUUUGACAUCACAUCCUUUGAAACCCAGUGAUUCAUUUUAUGGGACGGGAGAAUCUUUCCUCUUCACUUUUAAUCCAGAUUUUAAGUUCUUCCCCUGGAGUGGUGAUAACAGCUUCUUUAUUAAAGGUGAUAAGGAUUCCAUUGCAAUUGGUGGAGGAAGUGGAUACUUUGGGCUAUGGCUGGAUGAAAAUCUUUACCAUGGACGGAGCAAUCCCUGUAGCACUUUCAACAACUGCAUCCUGUCAAAGACUGAUGACUUCCAUGUACAGGAUCUCGAAGCCUGGAUUUUCUAUAACUAAUAGCAGAUUCAACAGGAUUGGGUCUGGAUAUUUUCCAGGUGUAACAUAAUGGGUAUCUGGAAGGACACUUGGACAUAAAACUGAAAUGUGAAUAUAGUAACUGUGAAUAAUGGUGAACACCACUACAUUAUUUCAUAAGGUGUCACUAUUAAUGAAUAUGGCAAUAACCAAUAUGCCGGUCUGAGAUAGAGGCAUUGUAUGUAUUUUAUUAAACUCUUACUAUACAUAUGAUGAUGUGAGACUGGCUAAAAUGACCACCAAAACUAUACUGUAAAAAAAUGGUUAGAUUACAUCAAUCAGAAUGUUUUUUUCCUUCUAAGAACAAGUCAGAUCUGGACAGCAGUGCUGGACAGAAAGAUUUGCACUACAAUUAGAAUUUAGAGAAGACCAGAGGAGUUCAUUUUAACCAACCUGAAGAAAAACACAGCCUAGACUGUUUAAGUAAGUCUGUACUAUUUAGUUGGCAGAGAAGAUAAAUGUCUAAUUGAAUCAUAUUGCAGUGCUUGCUGUGUGUUUUUGGCAAACCUGACCCCACAUAGGUAUUUAAAAAAUAAAAUCUUUGCACUGCACUAUAUUGUUUUUCUCUUCAUUCAGGGGAAGAACUCUCAAAUUUGCAAAUACUUGAGUUGUUUAGAUAGCCCACGGUAAAGUGUAUAUUGCAAAGUCCAAAAUGGCCACUACUGCUGGGAUUCAGAAAUAGUUUUCACUAAUCCGGAGUGUUAAAAAAGUAUGUCUGUGAUACUUGUCAGUAAGAUGUGAAUAGUUAGUCACUGUAUGCGUUCUUGCGUUUGUUAGCAGUAGUGAAAGACAGCCAAGGGUACUUUGCACAAUUUCAGGACAACCAUGCAGUCUGAAGGAAAAGGCCUGAAAUACCUUGGGUUCUUAGCCUUGACAAGAUGAUUUAAUAGUAUUUUGAAUGUCCCCUGUCUUCUUAAGUGUGUUAGCAACCAUAGUACUAAUAUCUGAUUCAUUUACAGGGUAUAAAUAAGAAAUAGGCACUUUCAUUACUGAUGACCUGCAUUUACAGAUUUUUUAUGUUUUACAGGUGUCAGAUAUUUUGAUCAUAAGAAAUGUGCAUACUUUAUUUGGGGCUGUUGACCUCUUCAGUCACAAGUAAGAUGGCAGCCAUUUCACAGACUGGUAUUUUCAUGAAGGGAACAUGACAGAGACAAUCUGCCUUGUUUUACUACACUGUAACAUGCUUGCAGUGGUAUAUGCUGUGGAUGCAGGUAUAUGCAUCAACAAAUACCUGGUAGUAACAGUACUUGAAGACACAUUGUUUUGUUGCACUAAAAUGGUUGUAGCCAUUUAACAAAAAGCCAUUUGAUAAAUUUCACUGAACUAGCUAGUACAUUCUGUAGUUUUUAGGUCUUAUAGUGCCCAUGACCUAAUGAUUACAGUUUUCAUUAAGUGAAGGCCUUGAGGACUACCACCUGAGUACUGAAACAUCCAAAAUUGUUAUUCUGUUGAUUAAAACAAACUUUUUUGCAUAUUUCUGCUUGCUGUAUAUAAAUUAUCUUGAUAUUAAGAGAGCUAGCAUUGUUUGGCGCAGGAUUAAUGUCCCCAGUUCUUGGAAUACAUUAUGGAAAAUUAUAUUCUGUAUGAAUAGCAAAGGUAUUUAUCAAUGGAAGAAGUUCAAAAGCUUUAGUAUACAGUGCUUUCCUAAGGUCUCAUACUGAGAUGCAGGUUUUCACUGUAGCUGCAGCAAUGACACUGCAAAACCUGUUACAGCUAGAUGGAUUAGAACUCGGAGAAAUGUCCAGGAUGCUGAGGUUGAAGAAUUGUAACUGAUAAUUGCUCACUCAUUAGUUAACAUUUAGCCUUUCUUGUCCUUAACUCAACCUCUGAUUGACUUAGAAGGGAAAGUAUGAGUGCUGUAGUGAAUAGCAGUUCAUCCUACCUGUAUACAACUAACAUACGCACACCUAACCACUGAGAUAUUGUGAAUCAUUUAACAGAUUUGAGUACACAGCAAUAAUAGAAAUAGGACCUGCCAGUGCUUCCUUUCUGGCAAGAAAGGUGUGGUAUUUCAUUUAAAUAAAGCCUAUACCUUGAACUGGUAAAACAAUAAGAUAAUGGAGUAUUUAUGCAGUAAUGUAAAGAGCAGUAAUUUUUUAAUGUUAAUUGUUGAAGCAUAAUUUAUUUGGCACUUUUUUGUAAUCUUAGAAUAUGUAGUUUUUUUUUUUUCAUGAUCAGACGUCUGCAACACAGUGCACUGUAUGUUAUGUCAAAUGUAAGACUUUGCUAUGCAAGUUUCAAAUGUGAAUAAAGUUCUGAAGCCGUAA